CUAAAAUCUCCGGUACCAAAUCCUUGAUCCAAGAAACACUCUGAAGUAACUGAUAGAUCCAAUGACGAGCAUAAAUUCCCAGGCCCGGUAAGCAACUCCUCCGAUCUCCAACCGCCGGAGAAUUUAAGCCGGUCAUGCAUUGCAUGGGCGAGCGAUUCCCGUUGCGCGCACGGGAAGCGUGACGCGACGCCGAUGCGUCCUCGCCGUCCCGCCACGGUUGCCUCCCGUCCCCCUCCCUCUCUCCUCCCUGCCUGCCCCGAAAGCGGCAACCCGCGCGGGCUCUUGUCCGGUACGCUCGGUGCUGACAGCGAGACGUCGCGCCGCGGAGCUGCUCUCCUCUCCUCUCCUCUCCUUUUCUUGCUCGCACCGAAGGGGUCGAGAGGUCCAUAAAUGAGCUCGCCGCCGCCAUUACGCCUCACCGCCGCCGCCGGCAGUUACUCCCUCCACCGGCGGCGGGGGCGGACGGGUGCAGGUUUAAGAAGGCCCCGGGUGCGGCGGUGCAAGAUGAAGCUCAUGUACUUCCUCAUGGACAGGGACGAGCAGCGCAACAAGCGCCUCGAGCUCGAGUUCGAGGUGUCGGAGCUGGAGGCGGUGCUCGAGAAAGAGCAGCGGCUGGGCAGGGUCCUGCAGUGCUCGCUGCAGGGGCGGGUCGUCUGCCAUUGCUGCCUCUCCGCGCUGGUUCCUACCAAGGUUGGGGGCCUGCUUGGAGAGCUAGCAAUGGUGGAGGACGAGAUAUUCUACCUCGAGAAGAAGGUCGAGGACCUGCGCCUGCGCCUGCGCCGGGAGCAGAGGUGGACCGACCAGUCCAUUGUUCAGCAGCAGCAGCAGCAGAACUGGCCACCGAACUGCCAGCAGAGGCACCCCUUGUCGAGGAGGGAGCUCCAAGGAGCCGAGCAGCUACCAAAGCUGCCUUGUCCAGGCAGCGAUGAAGCUCCUGAAUGUGAGAGCAAGGCCUCUGUCGGAUCUGCCUGUGCCAAAGGCGAGGAAUUGGAGCACGUCAGAAGAAGCAGCCACUGCCACUCAUCAGAGAAUCUGACGCCUCCCGAGAGGAAAACCUGCUUGAACAGCCCAAACAAACUCUCCGAGGAGCUGCUCAGACUGACGGUGACCAUCUUCCACAAGCUGAACAAGACGACGGAUGCAGCAGAGCUGGAGCUGAGCAGCACGUCAAAGCUCCACAUCUCCUGCAUCGGCUCCAGAGGCCUUGUCCCGAAGGCGUCUGCGAACGCCGCCGCGGCCAUGAGCCCUCUCAAGGACCGUAGAGCGUCGAAAGGCGAGCGAGGAGCGGCCAAAGAGAUUGGAUGCCACAAGAGGUUUGUCGAGUUCACGAGAGGCUCGGUUGACGCAAGCCGCGUUUCGGCGUGCCUUGAGGACAUAAAGAACUUGAGAGCCUUGAUGCAAAAGCUUUGCGCUGUCGAUCCGAGCUUCCUGACGAACAAGCAGAAGCUGGCGUUUUGGAUCAACAUCUACAACUUCUGCGUGAUGCAUGCGUUUCUUCAACAUGGUUUACCUCCAUCCCCAGACAAGCUUCUUGCACAGCUGAAUCAGGCUUCAGUGAACGUCGGAGGAGCAGUGCUGAACGUUCUGUCGAUCGAGCAUCUCAUCCUGAGGCACUCUCCUGAAGGGAAGCAAGGAAUCAUGGACGAACGGGAGAGGGACCUGCUGCAUUCGUAUGGGCUAGGAUACCCUGAACCCAACGUGCUCUUCGCGCUGUGCAGAGGCAGCCGCUCCUCGCCGGCGCUGCGCGUGUACACGGCGGACGACGUGUCGAACGAACUGGAGCGCGCCAAGGUGGAGUACCUGGAAUCGUCGGUGCGCGUCGUCGGCAGGAAGCAGCGGGCCGUCGUCGUGCCGAAGCUGCUGCACUGGCACAUGCGCGACUUCGCCGACGACGCCGCGUCGCUGCUGGAGUGGGUGCACAGCCAGCUGCCCCGGGCGUCGGGGCCGCUCAAGCGGGCCAUCAGGGAGGUCCUGGGCGCGAACAGCGGCAGGGCGACGCCGGCGCCGGCGGCGAAGAUGGUGGAGGUCGAGCCGUAUGACGCCAAGUUCUGUUACCAGCUACCGGUCUGGUGAGCGUCCGUGGUCUAUCGUGCUGGGUGAUGGUGUUCUUCUUGGCAAGGAGUGAUGUCUGUAGCAUUUGCCGACAUGUAUGUGGUGUAAGGUGACAAUGGUGAAAUACUACUACCGUGCAACACUGUAAAACGGUGAAUAAAAGAAGUAAUUACAUACAUUACCAAUAAUUUAUUUUUGUUUGGGGUUUAUCUGUAAAUCACUUGCCACAUUUCUCUUCUAAAUCUAAGUGAAUAAUUCUAGCCUUUAGAUUUACAUUCCA